CUGCGCUCGGCGCUGCUCGUUCUCGUCCCCUUUCACUGCGGCUCCCACCAUCGCCGAGCGAACUGGCCCGCUGUUCUCAUCCGAGUCCUCAGCGCAGACUUCGGGUUCCAUCGAAGCAACUAUCGGCGGCUGCGUGAAAGCCUUCAGCUCCAGCACAAAUGCAGGCGAUCAAGUGUGUGGUGGUCGGCGACGGGGCUGUGGGUAAGACCUGUCUGCUGAUUAGCUACACCACCAAUGCCUUCCCCGGUGAAUACAUCCCCACUGUCUUUGACAACUACUCUGCCAAUGUUAUGGUGGAUGGGAAACCAGUGAAUCUGGGCCUUUGGGAUACAGCAGGACAGGAGGACUACGAUAGGCUCAGACCACUGUCCUAUCCACAGACGGAUGUGUUCUUGAUAUGCUUCUCCCUGGUCAGUCCGGCCUCCUUUGAGAACGUCCGAGCUAAGUGGUACCCUGAGGUGAGACACCAUUGCCCCAACACACCCAUCAUCUUGGUGGGCACUAAGCUGGAUUUGCGAGAUGACAAGGACACCAUUGAGAGGCUGCGAGACAAGAAGCUUUCACCCAUCACCUACCCACAGGGUCUGGCCAUGGCAAGAGAGAUUGGGGCCGUGAAGUACCUUGAGUGCUCUGCACUGACCCAGCGAGGCCUGAAGACAGUAUUCGACGAGGCCAUCCGAGCCGUGCUCUGCCCUCCACCAGUGAAGAAGAGGGGGAAAAGGUGCACUGUGUUCUGAAGAAGAAGCGCCACCAUAACACUACACCACAUCACCAUGAACAACAACCACUACUUCUCCGAGAGGAUAAGAGAGAAAUCUAGUGAGAGUGAUUGUGCACUGCUGAGAUAGGUUUCUUUAUAUUGAUGUUUUUUCAAAGCGAUAUUGGGGGAAAAAGGCCAAUAUUAUUAUUAUUUUUAUUUUUUUUUACCAUUACUAAAUACUGUAGUACUUAGGUUCUGAAAGACAUUGACUGUCCACCUACUUUAUAUUCAUAGAGCCACAUCAAGUUGCCAUGAGGGCUGGCAGGUUUCUGUUACUCGUCUCCAUACUGUAACAUCUCUUCUUUCUCAGCCAUGCUUGCUUGAAUUUGUGCAGUUUUCGACUAGAUAGAACGUGAACUAUGAAAAGGCCUUUAGGUCGGAAGUUACCCGAAGCUUCUCAUCAAAGAUCAGCGUUUGGAGACAAAAUGCUUCUACCCGUGUUUAUGAAAAGUCACAGCGAAGUCAUUAAUCCCUUCCAUUCCUCUGCAUUUUAUUCAUCCUUUAUUAGGAACCUUCCUAGACCUUCCUAGGAGUAGUGGGUAGUAGGUAGUAAGCAGCACCUUGGGACCAAUUCCAGAUUAAACAUCAGUGCCUUGGUCAGAGGCCACUGACAGGAGCAUUACUCCAACAGAUGUGUAGACGGUGGGAGGAAACCGUAGCACGUGGAGAAAACCCAUACUGAACAUGACUCCAAAAUAUUGAUAGUGCAGUUCCGAUAUGUUAAAGUAACAGAAGCAAGCCUUCUAACACAUAGGGGUCCUUAUCUUGCAAAUAAAACCUUUGGGUCAGUUAUUUACUUACUUAUUUCCCUUUUUUUUUUCAAUGUUUCACUGUUGAAAUUUGAGUCCGCACGAUUCCUUUUUUUUUUUUUUCAACACAGCACAGUUCUCGCUUGCUGAUAAAAAUCUGAUCUUAAUCAGUGUCUUUGGGUAACUUCAUCUAACUGUGAACAUGUGACAGACGAGCAUGCCAAAUGUGGGGCUGUACAACCUUGCUGCCUGAGUUCUGCCUAUGGGGUGGGAGGGGGGGGGGGGGGGCGGAGAAGCUUGCAUGGGUCUUAAAAUAUUCUGUCUUAAUUUAUCCCAUCGUUAGAAUCUUCACCCUGUUCUUCUGUGUGUGUGUGUGUGUGUGUGUGUGUGUGCGUGCGUGAGUGAGUGGACAAACACGUGUUGGCAUCAGUGAGACAGUGUUGUUCGACAGUUUGGGAUAGUGCAUAAAAGACCAGUAUUGUUUUAAGCCAAGUUUUUAGUGUCCAGUUUUUGGUACUAUUUCAUAUUGUAUUGUAGGAAUACACAAUACUUUUCAACAGUCUGUGGACAUAGAGAAAGAAAAAAAAAUGGGUAUCAACAACAUCUUGUGAUGUACAGAAUAAUCCUUAGAAGAGGAAUGCGUUAUGAAUAUCUAUCUACAUGUACCUAAAUAUUUAGCUCUUAAAGUUCCAACUAAAGGGAUUAUAGUUGCUCAUGUUGAAGUUAGAAGUGUUGCUAACAGUGUACAAUAAAGGGUCUGAUCUUUGUGGCGUUUGUCGCCGUGGCAAACGCCGCAGAUUGCGCCUUUAUUACAUGCAUUUCUGUAUGGUUGCAGGCCUGCGGUGUGGCUGUCUCCCCCGUGUGGCGAGGCGCAGCACUGCAGUCCACUCUGUCACGCUGUCGUUGGUGGGCAUAGCAAACUGUGAAGUCGAAUCAUGUCAUGUGGUCCUGCUGAGCUAAGGUGUUGAAGUGUAGCUGAGAAGUGCAGCAUUAAAAAAAAAAAAAGAAGAAGAAAAGAAAA